AUGCGGGGGCCGACGAGGAAGAAGAGGAUCGGCAGAGAAAGGAGGAGGAUUAGGGUUGGGAUCAGCGGGGAAGUGGAGGUAGCGGCCAUGGCUGUCGGUGGUUGUUAUCUCUCUCUCUCUCUCUCUCUCUCUCUCUGUGAACUGUUAUCGGUGGUGGUUCUCUCUCUAUAUACUGCUAUCGGUGGCCGUGGGAGGUUUACAGUGGCCAAAAUAGGGUUCUUUUCAGCGACGA